UGUGCCUGAUUAUCUUUCUUCAAGACACACACAGUUCCCUAGGCUGUGCCCGUGGCAGGGAGUGGAGGCCGGAAGCUCUCAGCUGUGUGAGAAUUGGGCGAGCAUAUGGCUACUUCUCUCCCUGCACGCUGGUCCCAGUGCAGUUGCCUCUGGCUGGAGGGCUGGGAGGUGGAGCCUUUCUGCUCAGCGCCGCUGAGUUCCCUUCUUCUUUCUCUCUGCUGGCUGUGCAUUGGCUCUUCGUGCUCUGAGUGGAAUAGGCAGGGUGUGCUCACAGACCGCGGUGUAAACUGCAGUUUCUAUUUGGGGUGCCCCGGGAGAAGAGCACCAGGAAGGAAAGACAGCACCAGUGCCAUGGGCCAGCUUUGCUGCUUUCCUUUCUCAAGAGAUGAGGAAAAAAUCAGUGAGUUGGAAAGCCCGUCCUCUACCGUCCUGCAGAGAUACAGACAGGAUAUACCCAGCUGGCCAAGUGGUGAUAAGAAUGGAGGUGAGCCCGAUGACGCUGAACUGGUAAGGCUCAGUAAGAGGCUGGUGGAGAACGCGGUGCUCAAGGCUGUCCAGCAGUAUCUGGAAGAAACACAGAACAAAAGCAAGCCAGGGGAUGGGAGCUCUGUGAAAACUCAAGAGGCUGAUAGGAAUGGCACUGACAGUGACAACAACAGGAAAUGAGAGCCCAAUGCAGGCAGGCCCCGCGGCUCCAUGAGAAGCAUCCCGCUCCCCUCUGCUGAGUCAACGGAUUAAUUUGCAUUGUGCUGUUUCAGUGUCUCUUGUCCAAUCCGUGGAGAUUGCCUACGACUUUCAUGAUCAAUAUGUUUGCAUUUCUGAAACACAACAGAAGAGAAGUGGAGUGCUGGGACUAGCAGAGGAAAUUAACUUCCAGAAGAAUGGCCCAGGUUUCACUUGCCUUCCGCCAUGGCCGAGGGAGAGGGAACUUGGGGUUAUGCCUCGUGGACUCAAAUUAGAGGCCAUGGAAGGGACCUGGCCGUCACUGGAAUACUGCCAUUUAUAUUGCUUAACAGGGCACUUGACCACUUUAUCUGAGGCCAAAACACACACACAGCUAACAAGUGCUAAGUGUAAAACAAUCACUGUUGAAUUCGUUGUCCAUGCUGUUGGUCAUUAAUGUCUCACGUCUGUCGUCCGUCUGCUGUUGCUCUGCAGUGAUUUUUAUUUACAGUAAAUUGGUUUCACGCAAAUGAUAUAUUUUUGGCAAAAUGCAGCCUUUUCUACAAAACGUGGGCAACAUCUUAAAGGUUUCUUUUAACCUUCUUUUGAUAAGUCAGUGUGCCAUAUUUCAUA